AUGGCAAAUCACGACGACAAGCUCUCAACGGCCUUCUCCGGCGCGCCGCUCUCGGACCACGGCCAGAAGUGGUCCGCCUUAUGGGAGGAAAAGUACACGCCCUGGGACCGCCGCGGCCCCUCCCUCGCCCUCCUCGAUCUUCUGACGACCCGUCCCGAUCUGGUCCCGCCGCCGCCGCCGCCGCACCCCCCGACGGAACGGGAACGGUCCGCCGGCAACAAGCCGACGGCGCUGGUGCCGGGUUGCGGAAAGGGCCACGACGCUCUCCUCCUGGCCAACCUGGGCUACGACGUCCUCGCCCUCGACUUCUCGCCCACGGCCAUCGCCGAAGCCAAGGAGAACCAAACCGCCGUCGCGGCCGUGCUCGGAUCCGGGACGGCGGGGGAGCUCGACGACGUGUACAGAGUCCGUCACCCGAACGGCGCCGAGCCCGGCACCGUGACCUGGCUCUCGGGCGACUUCUUCUCCGACUCUUGGCUGGAAGCAUGGGGCCGCGAGAAGGCUUUCGACCUCAUUUUUGACUACACUUUCCUCUGCGCCCUCCUUUUUUUUUUUUUUUUUUGUUUUCUUAUGGCCGCCCUCCUCGGCCCCGCCGGCCGCCUCGUCUGCCUCGAAUUCCCCUCCGGCAAGCCGCUCUCCCUGCCGGGGCCGCCGUGGGGCCUGACGCCCGAGGUCUACCUCGCGCUGCUCUCCCGCCCCGGCGAGCCCCUCGAGUUCUCCUCCUCGACGCAGGCCGGCCACGCCGCCGAUGUCGUCGUCGUCCCGCCCUUCCGCCAGGACGGCCUCAGGCGCCUCGAGCUCGUCAAGCCCGCCAGGACGCACAGGGCCGGCAUGAACGAGGACGGCACGGUGCGCGAUUGGAUCCACGUCUGGAGUCAUUGA